AUGCGGACGGCAUUCAGAGACAACGGCGAUGGCUCGCUCUCUGCUGUUGGAACAUGCGAUGUCUCCAUGGUCGUGAAGCAGAUGCGCCCAGUAGUAGGAGCGGGCGUGACUGGACCGAGGACGCCACAACACAGGCGAAAUAUACGGCGCCGUGGCACGGUUUCCCGAAACGUGAGAGCGCGGCUGAAUCGCCGAGAGCAACGCGCGGACGGCUACAACGACAUUGACCGUCACAUUUACAGCGACAUCGAGACGGACCGCAACGAGCCAGAUGAGCAGCGACAAAACGGCACGGCUGCCACUGACAGCUCCCACAAUAAUGCGGCCAGUCCAACGGCGGACGAUGCUCGGGCCGUCUUUGUCAAAAAACGACGCGCACUGAUGGCGCUGGAAGACCCGUCGGCCGACAUCAAUGCCGACACCAUUGACGCGUCCGCAGAGCAGCUCCAAACGCGCAACAGGACGCAAGACAACGUCUAUAUUUUCCCCUCUACAUUCUGGAAGAGCCAAGGCGACCGGCCGUCCCCCGCUCUGCCCACGCAGCGUCCGCUGCUAGCAAAAGACCGCGACAGCCUUGUCUUCCCCAUCUACCACGAGCACGGCGACAGCAAAGGGUGGUAUGGAGUCUUCGUGCAGCGGCGCGCUCCCAUGAAAUUCGUGUUUGCCGUCGUUGAUCCGACACAUCCUACGGACGCCUGGAAAACGACCGAGGCCAUCGACAUCUUCCGUUUCUUGCAGGCGCAAGGCUGUCUCUGUGACCAUCCCGCCGCCUCGUUCUUCAACCCAGACCCCGGUCUUCCUCGUGCCGCACACGGCAGCAGCGAUGCCCACAGCGGCGUGUCCUUUCUGCGCGCACUGAGCUGUUUCCUCCACAGCCCCAAGGCCUUCUUUGAUAGUGCGGUGCACGGCGUGCCGCUGCGAUGGGCUCGUACGAGCUCCCGGGUGGCGUCCGCUGCGCACAUGACACGGGCGAGCAUCCUGGACGAUCUCAAAGAGACGAUACACCGCGACUUUGUGGACGAGGCGAUCCAGGACUUUGUGUCCCGCGUGGACGAGUAUGCAAACGGCCAGGCGCAGGAGAAACGGCACCUCCUCAUCUUGCACGCCGAGGCCGCAGGCCGCGCUGCUACGCAGCUUGUGGAAGAGAGCCAGGACAGCCCACCAGAGUCGCGUACCAACGGGGCCGAUGCCGCCGACGCCACAGCAGGUGCGACAGCCAGCGAUGCGCCCGUCGCAGCUACAUCGGCAGCGACAGCCACGUCGUCCGCUCCGGCGGUCUCCAGGGAGAACGUUGUGGAUGGCCACGCGACUGUCCCCGCCACCCGACCACGGUCCACCCGCGCAUCGUCCCCGUCGUACUCACACUUUUUUCCGCGAUCUCUGUCACGAACCGUUACACCGAGGCCAGCAGGGCCAGCCACUCCGGCCGCCACUCCGGCCGCCACAGCAGCGCCAGGCGCACAGCCGACAUCGACGGUCGCAGCAGAAAUCUUUGUUCGCGCGGCGACAGCCGAAAUGGAGGUGGACGAGGAAUUAGACGUUCGCGAAGUGCCACCGCCAAACGUGCGCGGCAGCGUAGUUGAUACCGACGGCGAAAGCAGAACGAAUAACGUAUUUGUUGUUCUAGGGUCCAGGUCGCAUUCGUCUUAG